AUGUCAUUUCUAAAUGGCUCCAGACUGACUCCAGCCUCCUUCAUCCUAAAUGGCAUCCCUGGUUUGGAAGAAGUGCACCUGCGGAUCUCCUUCCCUCUGUGUACCAUGUACGGCAUCGCCAUCACCGGGAACUUCAGCCUCAUGUACCUCGUCUACUCUGACGAGGCCUUGCACAGACCAAUGUACAUCUUCCUAGCCCUUCUCUCCUUCACAGACGUGCUCAUGUGCACGAGCACACUCCCCAACACCCUCUGUGUCCUGUGGUUCGACCUUAAGGAGAUUGACUUCAAGGCCUGCCUGGCCCAGAUGUUCUUCGUGCACACCUUCACGGGGAUGGAGUCCGGGGUGCUCAUGCUCAUGGCCCUGGACCGCUAUGUGGCCAUCUGCUACCCUCUGCGCUACGCCACCAUCCUCACCAAUCCCGUCAUCGCCAAGGCUGGGCUCCUCACGUUUCUUCGAGGUGUAAUGCUUGUUAUCCCUUUUGUUUUCCUUACCAAGCGCCUGCCCUUCUGCAGAGGCAAUGUCAUACCCCACACCUACUGCGACCACAUGUCUGUGGCCAAGAUAUCCUGCGGCAACGUGAAGGUCAAUGCCGUCUAUGGCCUGAUGGUGGCCCUCCUGAUCGGGGGCUUCGACAUCCUGUGCAUCACCGCCUCCUACACCAUGAUCCUCCGGGCGGUGGUCAGCCUGUCCUCGGCAGAAGCUCGGCAGAAGGCCUUCAGCACCUGCACGGCCCACAUCUGUGCCAUCGUCAUCACCUAUGUCCCAGCCUUCUUCACCUUCUUUACCCACCGCUUUGGGGGACACUCCAUUCCCCCACACAUACAUAUUAUUAUGGCUAAUCUCUAUCUACUUAUGCCUCCCACAAUGAAUCCUAUUGUGUACGGGGUGAAAACAAAGCAGAUACGAGAACGUGUCAGUAGGAUCUUGCUUAAGGGAAAGGACAGCUCUUCUCAUAAUAUUUAA